GCAUCGAGAAACAACAGAACUGAACAUCUUUUCUAUACCCUUUUUUUUGCUCUUCCUCCUGAGUCCCGAGCCCCGACCUACCUGCGCCGCCGCGCCGCCGUAACACCCCCUGCCCUACGGCUGCCGGCGUGCCGUACCUUAGCGCACCGCCGACGCGUCAAUCACACCCCCGGCUCCCACGCGCGCCGCCGCCGUCUUUCGUCGUCGGGGCAUCGCGUUCCUCGGUUCAUGCUGUCCCCAUCCCGUCCGCACUCUUUUCCCCAUUGGGCUUUGAGUACCCUGGCUCGACCUAAUGCGACGCUAGGCUAGCGCCCGAUUCCAUGUCCUUCCUGGCAUCCGGCGGCCGCCGCCUCCUCCUCCGGGAUAUCUCCAGGCACCGUCCGCCACAUCAAGGUUACACUUACACCGCUUGCUUCCGGCGGUACAAGGCGCAUUUCCUGCUGGACGGAAUCGAGGAUGAAGCCUCGGAGAGCGCUGCCGACUCGCCGGUGUCUCUGGCGAAGAGCUUGGCCUCUCUCGCCGAGGAAUCGACCGCCGCCGCCCAGGGGCAGCGGAAGCCCCUGUCGCGGAUGGAGCGGAAGAGGCUGGCCGAGCUCCGGAUCAAGAAGAGGGUCAAGGCGCAGUACCUGGAUGGCAGGUUCUACGAUCUCAUGGGCAAGGUGGUGGCGAGCGCCGACACGCUGGGGGACGCCUACGACAUCGUCCGGCUGAACUCCAAUGUCGACCUUGCGUCCGCGAGGGACGAUGGCGUUUGCUUUACCACGUUAGCGGAGCAGCUCAGGAGCGGCGAGUUUGAUAUUGCGGCGAAUGCUUUCUCGGUUACUGCAACAAAGAAGCGAGGAGGCGAGCGCCUUGUUCUUCCGCGGCUGAACCUGAAAGUUAUCCAGGAGGCAGUCAGGGUUGUGCUUGAGGUUGUUUACAGGCCUCAGUUCUCCAAGAUAUCACAUGGUUGUCGGAGUGGGCGGGGGCAUCACUCUGCUCUGAGGUUCAUAUCCAGUGAAAUCGGUGUUCCAGAUUGGUGCUUUACUGUCCCCUUGUACAAAGAGGUUGAUAGCAAUGUAGUCUCCAAGCUUAUCUCACAAAUACAGGAAAAGAUUGUUGAUGACCAGUUAGUUGCAUUCAUGCAAGAUAUGUUCGAUGCUGAGGUGAUCAAUUUGGUGUUUGGAGGGUUCCCCAAGGGCCAUGGAGUUCCUCAAGAAGGAGUACUUGCGCCAAUCCUGAUGAAUAUAUAUCUUGACAGUUUUGACCACGAAGUAUUUAGGAUUUGCUUGAAACAUGAAGGCCUUUCUUCAGGGGCAACAAAUGCUACGGAGAACCACCAGGGCUCUAGUUUGCGCCUAUGGUUUAGAAGUCAACUGAAAGAGAGGGAUGUAAAUAGCGAUGAUCAAACAGAGGGUCGGCCAAACAUAAGACUACACACUUGCAGAUACAUGGAUGAGAUUUUUGUUGCAGUUGUGGGAUCCAGAGCCGUAGCAGAAAAUAUAAAGUCUGAAAUUGUUGAUUACUUGAGCAAAUCGCUUUACCUGAAAGUUGAUGAUAGAUUGCAUAUUAUGCCAGUCAAAAAGAACUCCCGGGGGUUACAGUUUGCUGGCACUGUAGUUAAAGUCGCAACAAAAGAAAGUGCUGCACUGAAAGCUGUGCAUAAGCUGAAGGAGAAGGUCCGUUUAUUUGCUUCUCAGAAGCAAGAGAUAUGGGAUACUAUGAAUAUUAGAUUAGGAAAGAAGUGGUUAGCAUAUGGUUUGAGGAGGGUAAAAGAGUCUGAGAUCAAGUCUCUUGGUCUCAGCACACCGUUGCUCGACCACAUCUCGCAAUUUAGGAAAGAGGGGAUGAAGACAGAUCAUUGGUUCAAAACUUUACUCAAGGUAUGGAUGAAGGACAUCAAUGCCAAAAAUGAAGCUAAUGAGGAGGUGCUCCUGUCAAAAUACAUUGCUGAACCAGCACUUCCCCAAGAACUCAGAGAUGCCUUUAACAACUUUCAAAAGCAAGCUGAUCACUACAUCACAUCAGAAACUACUGUUACAGAAGCACUGUUGUCCAGCUUAAAGAAUGAGGAAUCAAUCUAUACCUGCGCUGAUGGUGCCGUCAUUAAGAUUAAUGCACCUCUUCGUUAUAUCCAGAAGUGCCUCAACCGCUACGGUCUAACUAAUCUUGAAGGUUUCCCCAGACAUGUUUCGGCCCUUGUCUUGCAAGAUGAUGAACUAAUCAUAAGUUGGUUUGCAGGAAUAAUUCAGCGUUGGGUAAGAUGGUUCUCUGAGGUUGACAAUUUUGAAGAACUUCAACUUAUGUUAGUUGAGUGUGUCAGGAAAUCCUGCAUCAGGACACUAUCUGCAAAGUACCGAAUGUAUGAAAAGUUGACAGAAAAGCGGUUUGAACUCGAUGAUUAUGGCAUUCCAAUGGUUGAGGACUUUGAGGCAAUGAUGGCACAGUUAGAGCCUAGUUCUUUUGUUUCUACUGAUGAAGCUCUGAUGUAUGGCAUUUCUAGUAGUGGUUUAUGUGUGCUCACCCUCUCAAGAGUUGUCCCUGCUCGGAAAUUCAACUGCUUUGUCAUGGGCUGCCAAUCUUCUUCACCAAGCAUGUAUGUUAUUCAUGUCAAGGAGAAACAGCGGUUUCCAGGAUGGAGGACAGGUUUCUCAGCAUCAAUUCAUGGGAGUUUAAAUGGUAGACGGAUUGGAUUGUGCACUCAGCAUGUUAAAGAUUUAUAUCUAGGACAAAUCUCCCUUCAGUCAGUUGAUUUCGGUGUGCUCAUUAGAUGAUAUAAGAUGACACCUCAGGCUUUCAUUUUGAGAAUGAAGGCUUUGUACGGUUUAACAAGUAUCUUAUAUGUUUGUCAGCGCUUAUGUGGGUGCAUGGCUACAGCUCAACAUUACUAUUCUUGGAGAGGCAACUAUAGAAUAUGCUUAGUGAUCAUGAAGAAUUGCUGGCAGUAACACUAGUAACACCCAUCCUUAAUCUCCAAGGAAGAAGGCAUCUGCUGGUGGAUACAGGGUCUUUUGCCUGGAGGAAACACGCGGCAAGGUCGCCUUCCAGUUUUCAUCAGCAACAGGUAUUCGAGUUCCAGAAAGGCACGCUCCAGAAGACCAGAACCGUCGACCAUCAAGACGCGAAACUGCAAAG